UCAAGUUUUAAUGAUUUUAUGUAGUUUUUUAAAAGACGAAUGGAUUAAUGAAGAAGAAUUUUACUGAAGGAAGGGGAGGAAAAAAUGGAGCAAUUUGGAACAAACUGAGACCUCCUUCCGCACCGCUCGGGCCAUGGGUGAGGCAGACCUAUUCAGCACCGUUUUCACCAUCAGUUUUCUUCUGAGGUUGUAAAAGCGCUCCCUGAAAGCUCCGCUCCAGAUCUCUCCAUUAACCUACGCUGCACUGCUUGGAAAUGGAAAUGCUGCAGAAAAGAUUUAAUGAAAUUCCUGUCAAUUCCCAACCACCGAGUGGAUACUAAGCCCGUGGAAAGGCCUGGGUGGUCAGGAGAAAGGAACAAGUAGGAAGAGGACGAAAACACACAAUCCGCUGGACCUUCCCCUCCCGCCCCCCUUGCAAAGAAAGGAUUUACAGCUCAACCUUGCACCAGCUGUUCCUCGGCUUUAACAGUCAAGAGAGAAAUAAAUAAAAUUAAACGGCCACCACCAGCCAGCCAGUCCCGGAUCCUCGUGAAAUCGGGGAGAGUGUUUCUGUGACCCCCUCCAGCGAGGGGGAGGAGGAGGAGGCGGCGGCGCAGCGGUGCUGUGAGGAAGCUGGGCAGAUUGCUUGCGAGACAACCCCCUCCUCCCGUGCAGCAACCGGAGGGGGCUGCAGCAUAUCAGAGGGCAGAUUAAAAAGGAGAAGUGGCUUCCUUGAGACUCCCGGAGUGGCUGUUUUGCAAGAAGUUUACCGAUAUCUUGCUCUUUCCCAGGGUGCUCGCUGGGUGGGAAGGGGUGCCCAGCUCCUCACCUCGCACGUCGUGCUGGUCACCUUCCCCCUGCCCGAGCCUGGAAGGCUUCCCUUCCCCUCGGAGCCCGGUUGCCGGCGUCAGCCCUUUGGGGACCUGCUUCUUGCACGCUGUUGCCCUACUGAGGGAAACUCGAAAGGGCUCUUGGCAUUCCUGCCCCAACAACUGUUUUAAAUCCAAAUCCAAUUCUCUGUUCUGAAUUCUUAAUGUUUUUAAACCUCCUUCCCUGCGCCCGCGAACUCUUGUGGGGCAGAGCGUAGUGUGGACUCCUCUCCUGGGCCUCACGCUCCAGAGACCACCGUGGACUUCUCCGGACUGUCCGCUCUGGUCAGAGCUCGCCCUGGGAGCAAGCGCGGAGGCUGGCUAGUGGUUUGCCCCCGUCCCUCUCCCCUCCCCUUCUCGUCUUGCUCUGACUCCCGCUGGGCCUGGGCUAUGCUGCGGGGCGGAUCCCCCACCACAGCUCCAAUAUGCCAGCAGCAUCUGGAAAGAGAUUCAAACCCAGCAAAUACGUCCCGGUCUCAGCUGCUGCCAUCUUCCUAGUGGGAGCCACCACCCUCUUCUUUGCCUUCACGUGCCCGGGGCUCAGCCUGUACAUUUCCCCAGUCAUUCCUGUCUACAAUGCUGUCGUCUUCCUCUUUGUGCUGGCCAACUUCAGUAUGGCCACCUUCAUGGACCCAGGCAUAUUCCCACGAGCUGAGGAGGACGAGGACAAGGAGGACGACUUCCGAGCUCCGCUCUACAAGACGGUGGAGAUCAAGGGCAUUCAGGUGCGCAUGAAAUGGUGUGCGACCUGCCGCUUCUACCGGCCGCCACGCUGCUCCCACUGCAGUGUCUGCGACAACUGUGUGGAGGAGUUUGACCAUCACUGCCCCUGGGUCAACAACUGCAUCGGGCGGCGCAAUUACCGUUACUUCUUCCUCUUCCUCCUGUCGCUUACCACGCACAUCAUGGGGGUGUUUGGCUUCGGCCUGCUCUACGUUCUCUACCAGGUGGAGGAGCUCUCCGGUGUCCGCAUGGCGGUCACUAUGGUGGUGAUGUGCGUGGCCGGCUUAUUCUUCAUUCCCGUCGCUGGCCUUACGGGGUUCCACGUGGUGCUCGUGGCGAGGGGCCGUACUACCAACGAACAGGUGACGGGCAAGUUCCGCGGUGGUGUCAACCCCUUCACCAAUGGUUGCUGUAAGAACGUCAGCCGGGUCCUCUGCAGCUCCCCGGCCCCCAGGUACCUUGGGCGCCCGAAGGCCGAGCAGACGGUGCUGGUGAGACCCCCCUUCUUGCGGCCUGAGGUGUCAGAUGGUCAGAUCACUGUCAAGAUCAUGGACAACGGUAUCCAGACAGAGUUGAAGAGGACGAAGUCCAAAGGAAGCCUGGAGGUGACGGAGAGCCAGUCUGCUGACGCCGAACCGCCCCCCCCACCUAAGCCAGACCUCAGCCGCUACACGGGCCUGAGGACACACUUAACCCUGGCCACCAACGAGGACAGCAGCUUGCUAGGCAAGGACAGCCCCCCAACUCCCACGAUGUACAAGUACCGGCCCGGCUACAGCAGCAGCAGCAGCUCAGCAGCCUUGCCCCACUCCACCAGCGCCAAGCUGAGCCGAGUGAACAGCCUGAAGGAGCCCAACUCCAUCUGCGAGAGCAGCCGCAAGCCCAGCUACCGCUCGGAGCCGAGCCUGGAGCCCGAGAGCUUCCGCUCGCCCACCUUCGGCAAGAGCUUCCACUUCGACCCGCUCUCCAGCGGCUCCCGCUCCUCCAGCCUCAAGUCGGCCCAGGGCACGGGCUUCGAGAUGGGCCACCUCCAGUCCAUCCGCUCGGAGGGCACCACCUCCACCUCCUACAAGAGCCUGGUGAACCAGACGCGCAACGGCAGCCUGUCGUACGACAGCCUGCUCACGCCCUCCGACAGCCCCGACUUCGAGUCGGUGCAGGCGGGCCCGGAGCCCGACCCGCCGGUGGGUUACACCUCGCCCUUCCUCUCUGCCCGCAUCGCCCAGCAGAGAGAGACCGACCUGCACGGCCGCUUCGCCAGCGCCGUCUCCCCCAAGCACGCGCCGCCCCGAGAGCCCUCGCCCGUACGCUAUGACAAUCUCUCCCGCCACAUCGUGGCCUCCAUUCAGGAGCGGGAGAAGCUGCUGCAGCAGCCGCCGGCCCCGGGCAGGGAGGAGGACGCGGGGCUGGCGGACUCGGGCAUCCAGUCGACACCAGGCUCCAGCAAUGCCCCCCGCACCAGCUCUUCCUCGGACGAUUCGAAGCGCUCACCCCUGGGCAAGAACCCGCUCACCCGCCCGGCCCCGCCCCGCUUCGGCAAGCCCGAGCCCCCCCACGCGCUCCGGGUGCGCUCCCUGGGCUCCCCCGACCAGCCCGCCGCCCCCCACCUGGGCAAAUCCGUGUCUUACAGCAGCCAAAAACCAGCGUCUCAGGCCAGCGUCCCUGAGACGGAGGAGGUGGCCUUGCAGCCCUUACUGGCACCAAAGGACGAGGUGCAGAUGAGAACAGCCUACAGCAAGUCCAACGGGCAGCCCAAGAGCCUGGGCUCAGCUCCCCCGGGCCCCGGGCAGGUGCCCCUCAGCAGCCCCACCCGUGGAGGAGUCAAGAAGGUCUCCGGCGUGGGGGGGACCACCUACGAGAUCUCGGUAUGAGGGGCAGAGCCGCUCGCCUCCUCCCCGGCUGGCAGCCGCCGGCCCCGGAGGGACGUUCCGCGGCCAGACGCUCUGCGGACUCCAGGGAGAGCCGGACCGG